AUGGCGGAUCUGGGGGGAAAAACGGGGGAAUUGGGCCUGUCCUCACGCAGCACCGGGAGAAGGGAGAUCCUGCGGGACGGCGCUCUCGCUCCUGGGAACCCGCCUGAUCCCGUGCCCUGCUCGCUGGGAAGCGGCGACGGAGCAUGGAAGCAGGGAGAGCGCCUGCACAAGAUGCUCCUUGGGAACGAAGAGGUGGCGACAAGCGGUGAUGCAGCCCAGCCCGAUGAUCAGGCCAUUCUGGAGCGGAAGAUGAGAAGUGUCCAGGACCUGCUGCAGCUCUUCUACCUCACAGGGCUCAGCGGGAAGCAGACCAAGCACGGCGUGUGCUUCUGCAUCAGCACCGCCUUCGAGGGCACCUACCUGGACUCCUUCCACCUGGACCUGGCCACCAAGCCGCGGGUGCAGAUCCGGCGCCACUCCGUGCCCGUCUUCAUCCCGCUGGAGCAGCUGGCCAGGAAGCACCUGCAGACGGACAUCAGGCGCUUCCUCUCCGCGCUCUCCGACCACCUCAACGCCUACGUGGGCAGGAGGUACCAGGCCGACCAGCUGCAGGAGCGUUUCUCAGGCCACCUGGAAGGAACCCUGCAGAGAAACUCCCUGUGCAACGUGCUGGUCUUCAGGUACAACACGUCAGGGCAGGAGGAGACCUUCCCGUUCAGCGCGAGGCUGCUCUACGGAGAUCCCUGCCGCAGCCUCCCCACCGAGGCCGUCGUUUCGUGCGCGCCGGGCGCCGCCGCGUCGCUGGCGGAGAGGACGGCCGCUCACUCGGACGCCUUUCGCCGCCUGCCGCUGCACAGAGCCCUCGAGGUGCUCAGCAGCCCCCGGGAAAGCCUGCAGGAAGCACCGUGA